AUGCAGAUCGUAACAGUUCUUAGCUUGCUUAUCGGCAGUUUCUUUGCCUACACAUACGCGGCUCCCCAGUCGACCAAUCAGCUGAUCACCGCAUUAGGCGCUUUGGCCGCACAAUUGGCGCAGCAGAGGAACUCGACUGUGCGAUAUGACAACGGCACUGUGAUCAUUACGGGCAUUGCCAGCUCUAACGCCACCUCCAACAUCGGCAGUCUGCACAGGCCACAUGGAUCUCAUGGACAUCAUGGUCACCAUGGACAUCAUGGAUCUCCUGGACAUCAUGGAUCUCCUGUACAUCAUGUUCACAAUGGACAUCAUGUUCACAAUGGACCUCAUGUUCCUUAUGGACCCCAUGUUCCUUAUGGACCUUAUGGACCAGGCGGCUGGUACAAUCCCUGGAACAGGUGGAACGGAGUCUGGCGCGGAAAUCCUGAGGAGGAGCAGGAUAUCGAGAUUCCCGAGGAUGCAGAGGAUUCUGAGUACUAUGAGCUGAUGGAGGAGGUGCUCCCAGAGGACCUCGACAUUCCCGAGGAUGCCGAAGAUGCCGAGGAUGCCGAGGAUGCCGACGAUGGCAAAGAUUCCGAUGAUCUCGAGGAUCUGUUGAAAGAGGAGAUAGAGAAUGAAAACGGAGAGUCUAAUAAUUAA